UCACCUGAUCAAGGCCAACCAGCUCUUGAGAGAGAUCAUCAAAGAGAGAGAGAGAGAGAUAGAGACAGAUCAGAUUGCAUGCUUCAAAUCACGGGCAUAUGAGCGAGAAGAGAGAUGGUGAGAUUACCUAUAAGGGAGAUGUUGAUCGAGUCCGGCCAGUACGUCUGAAGAGAUGUCGAGUCGAGUAGGUAGCGAUGAUACUGAUCAUGUGUUUCCUAUUCAUGAACACCCUCUUUCAUGUCGCCGGAUCCCGUUCCGGUUCCGGCUCCCCUACUUCGGAUCUAAAAAUGAGGUUGGUCUAUCGAGAUGUAGCGUCUGCAAAAAUAUCACGCCUGUUCUCGGCCAAGACUACUUUGAAUGUCACAACUGCGACUUUUCGGUCCAUCCUGAGUGCGCAGAAAUAAUUCCGGAUACUUCUGCAAUAGCUACUGAGGGUGGGGACAAGCUAAUCCACGAACAUCGAAUGCAAUUCUUAAAGAAUAUUCCUCAGAACAGAUUAAUUCCAUGAAGGGAAUGUGGAGAAUCUUGCAAUGAUAAGGUCUAUGGUUGCAUGCGAUGUUGUUACUUUAUACAUCCAGGCUGUCGUCCAGUCCAGACAGGGGGAGCAGUCCAACAUGACUGGUGUCAUCCCUGUGAUCUCAUCGGAUAUAUGGUUCCAAGGCGGAAAAAGAAGAAAACAUUGGUUUCCUCAUGUAAUGAUUGUGGCCGGCGUGGUGAGAGGGGCAGUGUCAUCUUUCACUGUAGCAAGUGUAAUUUCAACAUUCAUUCUGAAUGCAUUAAUAUUAGCCCGGCUACGCCUAGCAAUAUUAAAGUGGUUUCGGAUUCUACAGAAUAUUAUUGCCACGAGCAUCCGUUGAGAGUACUCUACAAUCUUAACAUACCUACAGAUCGAGUUGAAUGCUGUGUAUGUGGAAAAUACUGCUCCAAUAGUGCCUACGGUUGCUUACCAUGUGCCUUCUUUUUACAUCCAUCUUGUGCUGAGCUAAAAUUGCCACAAAAGAUUUACCAUCCCUUUCAUUUGCAUCACCCUCUCUUCCUUCUCGAGCAGAGAGGUCCUCGUGCAAAAUGCAAUGCCUGUUGCAAGGAUACUCCUGCCAUCGCCUACAUUUGUAAGCAUGACAAUUGUAGUUUCUUCUUGGACAUUAUUUGUGUGAGACUGCCUGCCAUAAAGUACGAGGCCCAUAGUCACCUUCUACAUUUUAGGGAGAGAACGGAUGAUCAACUACUCAAGUGCAAUGCUUGCGAUAAAACCUGUAAAUCAUCUAUCUUCAGCUGUCUCUACUGUGAUUGGAAUCUCCAUUACACUUGUGGUCCCUUACCAAAUAGCAUUACCUAUAAAUGUGAAGAAGAUUCUCUCGAAGAUUCUCUCAUUAUUACGAAUGCUCUUGCUGAACAUGAAGAUGAGAUGGACGAUGAAUUUUAUUGUGAUGUCUGUGAGAAUCAGAGAGACCCACUAUUGCCCACUUAUCAAUGUACAGAUCAUUGCAAUUUUGUUGCUGAAAUUGGGUGCGUCAUAUCUGAGGUAAUAUCACUGCUAAGGGGAGAUCAUGGAGAUCAAGUAGAGUUAAGGGAUCCUUUUGGGCAGCUUGGAAAGUUGAUUAUGCCGCCCAAAAACCCAAUAGAAGAUCAGAUGAUGCAAAACAAAGAAGAACAAAGUGAGCCGAAUUUAAGUUUGUCUAAGAUUUUAAAAUCUCUGAAUGAGGAUGAGAGUGAGGAAUUGAGAAGGGUUUUAUUUGAGGCUAGAAAGAUUAGAGAAACAUUUAGUGCUGAAAAGAGAUUCUUUAAUGACCCUGAGAAAGAUAAUGUUCUAAGGCUUUCUGACAAGGAAUACAAAAAAUUUAGAAAGUUUCUUGAUCGGGGUAUAGAGAUUUCUAUAGAUCAAUUAAGGGACGGAGGAUCAGAGAUACUUUUUAGGAGUUUGGAUCAAAAGCCUCCCUAUGACUACUUUGCUCUUGAAGAGGAGUUUGUUAAUGUUGGAGAUCACUACAAGGCUGCUCGGACGUUUGCUCAUAUCCUGAGGCAAUUGAUUUCCAAACACGGUGAUAUUAGCGCUGCAUCCACACUAAGUCCAAAUGUAAAACUAUUUUUUCUUAACAUGUUAUGUGGUUGCAUAUACAGCAUGAGAAACACCAAGGUUGUGGAUAUCACUACAGAUUUGCUUCUCAUUUGGUGGACAAGCUUGAAAGCUUGCGAAGUUGCAGGAUUUAAAGUUCAAUCUGUCUUUGAUCAUCUGAAGAGAGUUGCAGAUGCUUUCUUUGGUCUUUAUCCUGGAAAACAAGCUGACAAAGUUGAGAGAGAUCUUGCGAAGCUUUACAAAGAUCUUGAGGAACAAAAUGAGAAACGUGAUUGUAUAGCAUCUUCCACAAAACCAGAAUCAGUUGAGGAAUGCUUGAAGGUGGCAUCGGUGUUGAAGCAAGGUAAAGCUAUUACUGAACGAUUAUGGGAGUCGAUAUAGGCUGGUGUGAAAAUUAUUCUGUAAUCUAUUACCAUUCUUGCGUAUUUGUUUGUUUGUUUUUUUUUUUUAUUAUAUAUAUUUACUUCACGGCAUCCAUCGUGAAUAUGUGUAACACCCGUUCCCUGGGUUAUCAAU